AUGAGCGGACCGCAUACAGCCUUCUUCUACGGCACUCUGAUGGAGCCCAAAGUCUUCUUCACAGUCGUCCAAGGCAACGGCAACCCGCCCCAGGCAAUCAAGGACCUCUACACAUUCACGCCCGCCCUCCUGCACGACCACACCCGCCACCGCGUCCAGUCCGCCGACUACCCGGGCAUGAUCCCCGAAGCCGGCGGUUCUGUUCUGGGAAUCUACGCCACGGGCCUCACGGACGCCAACGUCCUCAAGCUCGACUUUUUCGAGGGCUCCGAGUACGAGAAGAAGAUGGUCACCGUCAAGGUCCGCGGCGGUGGUGGUGAUGCUGGUGCGGGUGCGGAGCAGAAGGAAGAGGAUAAGGAGGCCAUGGCAUACAUCUACAAGCGCCCGGAGAACCUGGAGCGCGUGGAGUGGUCAUUUGAAGAGUUCCGCAAGGACAAGAUGCACGUCUGGACGCGCGAGAGCUAUGUCUUUGAAGGCUGUGACGAUUAUGCAGAGUUCGAGAAGGUAGAAAAGGAAGAUGCAAACGGUCACGAGGAGAAGAAGGAUGGCAUGGCCAAGUAG